GGAGUUCUUCAGGAAGUGGUUCACAGAUGAGGAGCAGAGCAACACAAUCAUGUCCCACAUCAAGACGGCACGAAGCCUCCACAUCAUGUGCCACAUCCCAGUCUUCUGCUGGAUCACUGCUACGGUUCUGGAGGAUCUGCUGGAAACCAGAGAGGGAGGAGAGCUGCCCAAGACCCUGACGGAGAUGUACGCAGAGUUCCUGGGGUUUCAGAUGGAUCGGACUAAAGACAAGUACGGACCAGAACAGAGCAGCAACUACAUCAAGUCAUUGGCUAAACUGGCUUUUAAGCAGCUGCUAAAGGGAAACUUGAUCUUCUAUGAGGAAGAUCUGAAAGAGAGCGGCAUCGAUGUCAGAGGAGCCUCAGUGUGUUCAGGAGUGUUCACAGAGAUCUUUAAACAGGAGCGAGGGAGGAAAACCAAGGACAAGAUCUUCAGCUUUGUUCAUCUGAGCGUUCAGGAGUUUCUGGCUGCUGUUCACAUGAUGCUCUGUUACACCAACGGGAAAAUGGAGGAACUGGAGGAGUUUCUGAAAGACUCCAAUGCUGCUCUGGAUGUUGUCCUGAGUAGAACCAUGUUUAAAUCCCUCCUCAGUCCAAGUGGCCACCUGGACCUGUUUGUUCGCUUCCUUCAUGGCCUCUGUCUGGAGUCCAACCAGAGAAUCUUAGGAGGUUUGCUGGGUCACACAGAGAACAGUCCAGAAACCAUCCAGAGAAUCAUCAACAACCUGAAGAUGAACAGUUACAGUAUCUGUCCAGACAGAAGCAUCAACAUCUUCCACUGUCUGAUGGAGAUGAACGACCACUCAGUCCAUCAGCAGAUCCAAGAGUUCCUGAAGUCAGAGAACAGAUCAGAGAAGGAACUCUCCUUGAUCCAGUGCUCAGCUCUGGCCUACAUGCUGCAGAUGUCAGAGGAGGUUCUGGAUGAGUUGGACCUGGACAAGUACAACACAUCAGUGGAGGGACGACAGAGACUGAUCCCAGCUGUGAGGAACUGCAGAAAGGCUCAACUUUCUAGAUGUGGACUCACAGAGACUCACUGUGAAGUUGUGGCCUCAGCUCUGAAGUCCAACCCGUCACAUCUGACACAUCUGGACCUGAGUAACAACAACCUGCAGGACUCAGUGAAGGUUCUGUGUGCUGGACUGGAGAGUCCUCACUGUCGACUGGAGACUCUGAGAUUGAGUUGCUGCAGGUUGUCAGAGAUCAGCUGUGAUUCUCUGGUCUCAGCUCUGAAGUCCAACCCGUCACAUCUGACACAACUCGACCUGAGCUACAACAAGCUGCAGGAUUCAGGAGUGAAGCAUCUUUGUGUUUUUCUGGAGAGUCGUCACUGUCGACUGGAGACUCUGAGAUUGAGUUGCUGCAGUUUGUCAGAGAUCAGCUGUGAUUCUCUGGUCUCAGCUCUGAAGUCCAACCCGUCACAUCUGACACAACUGGACCUGAGCUUCAACAAGCUGCACGAUUCAUCUGUGAAGCCUCUUCGUGACCUGAGUCCAGACUUUCGACUGGAGAGGUUCUGA